AUGGCGGAUAGAGGCUCACACAGAGGCGGCGGCCGAGGCGGAGGCGGAGGAAACUACCGCGGUGGAAGGGGAGGAGGUCGCGGCGGCGGCGGUGGUGGUGGUGAUCGAGGCGGUGGCCAGGGUUCGGGCGGCGACCGCGAGAGGCCCAAGAAGGAGAAUAUCCUCGACUUGUCAAAGUAUAUGGACAAGCAGAUUACUGUCAAGUUCAACGGCGGGCGCGAAGUCACCGGAACGUUGAAGGGAUACGAUGCGCUGAUGAACCUGGUGCUGGAUGAGGUCCAGGAAGUCAUGAGAGGCCUCAUCGUCGCCCGCGGAACUCUCCUCGUCCUCGUCAGCCCCGUCGACGGAAGCGAGCCCAUAGCGAACCCGUUUGCGCAGCCCGAGGAGGAAUGA